AUGAACGCCCUCCUUGAUAGCCCAUGUCCCUCGGAGAACAAGCCUGGGCUUGGCAGAAGGCAGCAAUAUCAAUUAAACGAUCCCUGGAAAGACGGUACAUUGGACGAUUUCGAGAACACCGCCGCCAUCGAUUUCACGACCGAAAUACACAUACCUUCUCUGGCUAGAGAAAAACCUCGACGAGCCCAUAGCAAGACGUCUUUCGCCAUUCACGACGACAGCAAACAGAACACCACAUUCACUUCGUCUUCCGUGGCUAGAAACAAUACCCUCAAGCGCAAAACGCAGGAUGGCCGCUCUUCUCUUCUCGCCCAACCGGCACAGCGCUUCCAGCGUCCUCGAGUUAGCACUGCAGGUAGGUCGCCAACGGAGAACCCAAACGCGGGUAGAAAUGCAGCGAGUGGCCAGCAAACCGGGAACGUUGAAAGGAGACAGUCGUAUCCGAAAGCGGCGGAGUCGACCAGUGUCAGUACGACAUUAGAAAACGAAGCUUUGAAGAAGGACGUUCGUCGCGAGACGGUGUAUAUUCCUACCGAGGAUACGACGAUGCCGGCAGUCUUUAUGAAGCUGUUUAGUCCGCUCAAGUCGAAUCAAAUAAACGCCAAUGGCUCGAAUCCUGUUGAUAAUACGGCAUCGAUAAGCAGUCUGGAAGCACGAAUUGCAGCCAAGAGGAAGCCUCGGACAUCCACAUCAACGGCACCGAAACGAGCACCACUACAGGAAGCAACCAGGGUCCCUCAGCAAUCGGCAAUCCAUGAAAAUGUCUUUGGCAAGAACGGCGGCAAGGAAAAUAUACCACCUGGAUAUAUUGUUGGAGAUGGAACAAAGUUUAAUGCAAAAGACGAAGGAUUUCCCGUGUUCGAAAUGCCGACAAAAAAGCCAUUGAAGACAGUCCGCAAGACCGAGACAAGAUUCUCAAACCAAGCCGAGAAAGUUAAAAAGCCAGUUCUUAAGGCGACCAAGGAGAAGUCGCCAAUAGUCUCGAUAAAAACCGCGGACCAACAAAAGACGAAGAAGGUAACGCCCAAAUUUCAUGAAAAGGCUUCUAUUAUCGGAUUGAAGAAUUCCGGGCCAGAAAAUUCAAAGUCGAGUGGUUCGAUUGUCCGGAAUAAGCUGUCUAUCCCCCAGAUUCACCCUAUGACCAUCGAUCAACGAUACCCUCUAUUGGACAACGACAUUACGAACCCCAUGAUGUACGAAGAAAAUUGGCUUCUACACCAGGAAAUUGUCAUAACUCAGCUGGUCAAUGGUUUGUUCGAUUCUGCCAAUGGAAAGCUGGAUGCUGGAAAUUCAGAUGUGUUAAGACACGAACUGUUUCAAAUCUAUCAGAGCGACGUGUUCCUUCUCUUAUACAAACGGCUCCACGCUUCGAUUCUGUACGGAGCAUUAGCACCACCGAAAGAAGCACUUCGUCGAGGAAGUCGCCUUUCCGACGAUAUUGGAAUGAAACGAACCUUUCUGAACUUCUGGACCAAAACAUAUGAUCUACACGCAUUAAGAGCGGCGGCGGAAGUCGUUAUUGGACGCCGGAUAUCACCCUCAGCCCAGAUCAAUGGUAGAUUGUCCGACUCCUUGACUAAGAAACACAAGGGACUGAAGCGAACUUUGGAAACAUUUUUGGAGACCUUCCUUAUCCGCAAUGAAGAUAAAGAGCAGCCAGCAGCCAACCAAGACGAGGUUCCAGGGUCGCUAUAUCGACAUACAGUUUUGAGAAGCAUAUUAAUCAUUAUUUUACUUGACAGCGGGCGCCUGACACCAUGGACGUCACUGCCAAAACGCCUGUUUGCUACAUCAUCCCCUCACAAAUCCUCCACAGCGGCGUUACAAGCAUUGGCUAACCAGUUACUUCCUUCAACUGGGGAUAUCAUACGGCCUCUCAAUCACUUGGACUGCCAGUUGUAUUACAAGCAACACGACCUGCAAGACUAUGAAUUCCACAUUAACAACCUCGCCGUGGACUUACGUGAUGGAGUCAUUUUGACGAGACUGGCUGACCUGUUCCUCUAUCCUAGCACGCUGCCGCCGUCUUCCGGUUUUGAACUUGAUACCACAACAUCGAUGACUGAAGUACUUGCUUCUAGGGGCAUGAAAGCAGAGAACGAAUGGCCACUGUCUCAGUGUUUGAAGCUACCUUGCACUAGCCGUGCAACGAAAAUUUUCAACACACAGAUUGCGCUCAAGGCACUAAGUGAAACUAAGGAGGUGAAGCAUGCUACUAAAGACAUAUGUGCCGAGGAUAUCGUGGAUGGACAUCGUGAAAAAACCAUCAGUCUUUUAUGGGGGCUAGUGGGGAAAUGGGGCUUGACACAGCUCAUCGACUGGGAUGAUGUCCGGAAUGAAAUUACGCGCCUACAAAAGAAGAUAUCUCCACAUCCAGACUCUGCUAGUCAAGAAGGAGAAACGCUACCGAACGUCGACUCUGUGUCUCACAAAGAGAUGCUGGUAAAGUGGGCCUCGAUUCUAGCUCAACUAAAGGGAUUACAACUCGACAACCUAAGCACAAGUUUCGCAGACGGCAGGAUAUUCGAGAGUAUCAUUGACGAGUACGAAGGCUAUCUUACGGGAGAACAGAAAGCGAACCAUAAUUUGAGCCCUAAGAGUAUCGCAGACAAAAAGUCUUCACUGCAGGAUACAGGAUUGGAGGCACGACUGCGAUCUUUGGGGUGUAGUUCUCAAUUCGCUUCUCUUUUAGCACCGCCUUCUACUGGGUCUCGAAUUCUUGACUCUGACUUUGUUCUCGGAGCUCUGACAUUUCUGUGCUCUCGCCUUUUAACAUCCACCAAACGCAUCCGCGCCACAAUUGUUAUACAGGCGGCCUGGCGACAGGUCUUGGCUUGCCGGGCUCUACACCGCCGUGCGCUCGCAAAGAGAACCGCUGAACAGUGCGCAGCUGUGGUCAAUGCCAGAGACCGUAUUCUGUGGGCCAAGAGCGUCAUCGUCAUGUGGUGGAGGAAACAGAACCAGACCAAGCGCAAAGCAACACUCAAGUCAACCAAGUUUCCGAACCACAAGAGUAAAGGGCACAUAUCUGGACAGAAUCAGCGGGCAACGAACAGAGUAAAUUGA